AUUGUUUCACAUCUGAUUUGCACUUGCUUUUCUCAUCCCUCCAAAGUGUUGCGAUCGUCGUGUGAAAAUGUGUGCAAGGACAGCAGAGUACGAGGAGGAACUUUGGGGCCCAAAAGAGGAGAAGGAGCCACAACGUCAACUGCUGGACGCUGCGUUCAAUCUGCAGCCUCGAAUUGUGCUACACAGAGCAGACGUCAGUGAAAAUCUUUAUCCUGAGCGGCAGCAGUCAGUGUCCCCUCACAUCAAAGAGGAAGAGGAGGAGGAAGAGGUUCAACACAUCAAAGAGGAGGAGGAAGAGUUCCUUCACAUUAAAGAGGAAGAGCAGGAGGACAUCAUCAAGGUUCCAUCGACUGGUGUCCCUUUGAAGAGUGAAGAUGAAGGUCGAAGUGAGGAGAGACGAGGGGCGGAGCCACCAAACGGCAACAGCUCAAGAGAUGGAGACCACUGUGGAGGAUCACAAACAGACGGUGAUGAUGAUGAUGAUGAUGAUGAUGAUGAACAGUUGGAAGGUGAUAUGACAUGUCACACUUCCAGCAAAUGCUGGAAAUGUUCUAAAUGUAGGAAAACCUUUGCUUCUAAGAGGAAUUUCAAACAACACAUGAAAAUACACACUGGAGAGAAGACUUUUGCAUGCUCAGUUUGUGGUGAAACUUUUUCUCAGAAGGGAACCUUAAAAAGUCACACAAAAACGCACACCAGAGAGAAGCGUUUUGGCUGCUCAGUUUGUGGUCAAAGGUUCACUCGGAAGGGACACUUAAAAAUACACACAAGAACACACACUGGAGAGAAGCCUUUUGCAUGCCCAGUUUGUGGUCAAAGAUUCUCCCAAAAGGAAAACUUAAAAAUACACACAAGAACACACACUGGUGAGAAACCUUUUGCAUGCCCAGUUUGUGGUCAAAGAUUCUCUCACAAGGAAAGCUUAAAAAUACACACAAGAACACACACUGGUGAGAAACCUUUUGCCUGCACAGUUUGUGGUCAAACCUUCUCUCAGAAGGCAACCUUAAAAAUACACACAAGAACACACACUGGUGAGAAACCUUUUGCUUGCUCAGUUUGUGGUCAAAGGUUCUCUGUGAAGAGUUACUUAACAAUACACACACGAACCCACACUGGUGAGAAACCUUUUGUAUGCUCGGUUUGUCGUCAAAGAUUCUCUCAGAAGGGAACCUUAAAAGGUCACACAAGAACGCACACUGGUGAGAAACCUUUUGCAUGCUCAGUUUGUGGUCAAAGAUUCUCCAUAAAGAAAAGCUUAAAAAUACACACAAGAGCACACACUGGUGAGAAACCUUUUGCAUGCUCAGUUUGUGGGCAAAGGUUCUCUCGAAAGGGACAUUUGACACGUCACGCAAGAACACACACUGGAGAGAAGCCUUUUUCCUGCUCAGGUUGUGGUCAAAGAUUCUCUCGUAAGGCUCUGGUUAAGACACACAAGUGUCCUGGUGAGACAAGCAGUGAUCAAGAAGAAUAACUGAAAUAUCACACAGCCAUAAGUAUUCAGACCCCAGCAAAGGGUCGGAAUACUUAUGGCUGUGUGAUAUUUCACUUUUUCUUUUUUCAUAAAUCAGCAAAAAUUUCAACCAUUAUUUUUUUUUCUGUCAAUAUGGGGUGCUGUGUGUACAUUAAUGAGGGAAAAAAUGAAGUAAUUUUAGCAAAUGGAAGAUAUACAACGUAAUACCAGCUUGAACAAGGCGGUGUUUGGAAAUUUCCUGAAAAGUUGUCAUUUUGAAGGUGAGGGGAUUCCACCUGAAAGCUGCGAUAUACAAAUAUGACCAAUGACUGCCACUUCAUAGUAUGGUACAUUCCUUUUCCCACACCAGCGAUGCCAGUGCUUUUCAAUUUUCUAU